UUGUUGGGUUCGAAUGAAUGAUCCCAGAGGCCGCGCCCAAUAGGCAGCCGCGCCUGCUUAAUAUGCAUGAGGCCCGUAGCCAAUGGCCGGGCGAGGAGGUUGUUUUAAACGGCGGAGCCCGCUGGCCAAUCAGGCGGCUCUCGUGGAGGCAGCUAGCGCGAGGCUGGGGAGCGCUGAGCCGCGCGUCGUGCCCUGUGCUGCCCGGACGAGCGAACAAUACAGUCAGGAUGGCUAAAGGUGACCCCAAGAAGCCAAAGGGCAAGAUGUCGGCGUAUGCCUUCUUUGUGCAGACAUGCCGAGAGGAGCAUAAGAAGAAAAACCCAGAAGUCCCUGUGAAUUUUGCAGAAUUUUCGAAGAAGUGCUCUGAGAGGUGGAAGACAAUGUCUGGGAAGGAGAAAUCCAAAUUCGAUGAGAUGGCCAAGGCAGAUAAAGUGCGCUACGAUCGGGAAAUGAAGGAUUAUGGGCCAGCCAAGGGAGGCAAGAAGAAAAAGGACCCGAAUGCCCCUAAGAGACCACCAUCUGGAUUCUUCCUCUUCUGCUCGGAAUUUCGCCCCAAGAUCAAAUCCACCAACCCUGGGAUCUCCAUUGGAGAUGUGGCCAAGAAGCUGGGUGAGAUGUGGAACAACCUGAGCGAUGGUGAGAAGCAGCCAUACAUCACUAAGGCAGCAAAGCUGAAGGAGAAGUACGAGAAGGAUGUUGCCGAUUAUAAAUCUAAAGGGAAGUUUGAUGGUGCAAAGGUGCCUGCCAAGGUUGCCCGGAAAAAGGUGGAAGAGGAAGAUGAAGAGGAGGAAGAGGAAGAUGAAGAGGAGGAGGAGGAGGAGGAAGAUGAAUAAAAACCAACUGUGUUAUUCUGUC